CGUAAACCGGGACACACAAUUCAAAACAAUGACUUUUAAAGUUCAUCUCUCUUUAAAAAUAAACAAUUAAACAUCACAUAAAUCGAACAAACGUUCAUAGUUAAACUAAACACAUCUCAAACAUUCAACGUUAUUCUACUGUGAGCUGAGAUACAGAGCAGAAUACACGCUGGAUGUGUGAUGGACUUGUACUGCACUGUGGGAGAUGAUCAGUCUGAUGCAGCCAGACAACAGGAGAGACAUUAUUACCUGCUGUCAGAACUACAGACAAUGGUGAAGGACCUGUCCAGUUCGUUUCAGCAACGUCUGUCGUACACCACACUCAGUGAUCUGGCGCAGGCUCUCAUCGACGGGACGGUGUAUGAAAUAGUCAAAGGGCUUCUGGACAUUCAACACCUGACAGAGAAAAACCUUUAUAACCAGAGACAGAAACUGCACAGUGAACACAGAGCACUCAAGCAGGAUUUGGUUCGGAAGCACAAACAGGCUCUUCAGAUGUGCAAGUCUCAUAAUUUGGCCGUCCUGAAAACGAACCAGCGUGCAGAAACUGAGGCCCUGGAGCAGCGAGUGAAAGACGAGCAGAGGAUGAUGGACGAGAAGAUCGUGGCUGAAAUGGAUCAGAAAGUCCUCGACCAGCAGAAUAUGCUGGAGAAAGCUGGAGUACCUGGAUUCUAUAUCACUACCAACCCACAGGAGGUGAUGAUGCAGAUGAAUCUUCUGGAACUGAUACUGAAGCUGCAGCAGAAGGAGAGUGUUUCAGGAUCCUUGCCAUGAAAUCUGUGAAAGACUCGCCGCUAGACGAUUUCUGAUGGUGCUCAAUUGACCUUAUUCAUGAAACACGAGCAGAACAACAUUUGUGUGUAAAUUGAAUUAAUUGGGACAGUUUACGUAAGAGGAGAAGAAUGCAACGAUUCUGUACACAUUUGUUCUGCUCAUGUUUCAUGAAUGAGGCUAAUUGUUCUGGAUGCUUUCUUGCAGGAGGAUGUUUUUUUGAACCUUUAAAAGCGUCUUUUAGUUGUACAUUUAUUUGACGAUGAGGCAUGUGCCCACUAUUAUAUUAUAUUUUGAUACUAAAUAUCAUUUUGUAAAUAACCUUCUAUUGUGAUUUGUAAAGCAGCUGGUUGCUCAUGUUCAGUUGAACGCUGUAUUAUUAUUAUUAUUAUUAUUUUUAUU